UGAGAAUGAUGGCUUUCAAAAAUAAACUGGUUUUCGUUUGCUUUCUUGGAGUAACAUUUUGUGCCGAAUGGGAUGAUUGUACGUUUAAAUCUGGAAGAUUUAAAGGAUGUCCACAUGAUGGAAUGUGCAUACCCUUCGGUAAAGAGUGGGCUGUUCGUGAGGGAAAGGUCAUCAGAUGUAUGGGGAACAAAGAUAAAUUCUAUAUAGAAAUAGUCAAAGGAGGCUUUUGUAAAGAUAAUAAAGAGGGAUUCAAAGGGUGUUUAUACCAAGGCCUUUGUCAGCCUUUUGACUUUGACUGGAAAAACUUCGAAGGUGCAACAUUACGAUGUACAAGAGAUGAAAAGAAAGGAUAUAAAAUCAUUACCGUCAAACCAGGAUUUUGUCGUGAUGAACAAGGUGGAUAUAUAGGUUGUAUUCACAACAAGAAAUGUCAUCCAUUUGGAAAGACCUGGGAGACAAGUAAUUGCCAAACCGUGAAAUGUGCCGGAAACAGAUGGAGCUUUAGAACUCAAAUCAUUAAUGAAGGUUACAAAACUGCGGACGGAUCAUGUAAAAAGAUAUAACUGUUAACAGCAAUAAAUAUUGAAAAAUAUUUUUAA